AUGCCAUCCUUGGUUGCCACAGAUGCUGAAUUGGGUCCACAGACUAGCUCUGGUGUAACAAAGUUCACCAACUGCCUGCAGGUUAAGGGAAACGAUCUUGUCAAGGAGGAUCUGUGGGUCAGCUCCGUCAGCGGUAAGAUCUUGAACGGACAAGAGCUUCUGUUUGAGCACAGAACUGCGCCGGAUCGAAUUGUCGACCUUGGUGGUCGCAUACUCUCUCCAGGGUUCAUCGAUACUCAGCUGAACGGCGCGUAUGGAUUCGACUUUUCUGUCAUUCCAGAUGAGGGUGCUACAGCGUACGGCAAGGGAGUACUUCGAGUCAACCGAAGUCUAAUCGCGACUGGCGUAACAUCUUACCUGCCGACGAUGACUUCCCAGCGACCUGAGGUCUAUCAUGAGGCUCUGCCUUAUUUGGGCCCGUCAGGUGCUGCUCGUGAUCCAUCUUACGGCUCAGAGUCGCUUGGCGCCCACUGCGAAGGUCCUUUCAUGAACCCGACCAAAAACGGCAUACACAACGCCGCUGUCCUCCGCGAACCUGUUCACGGGAUUUCAGACAUGGCUGACUGUUAUGGCGCCGCGAACAUCGGUCAUAACUCGCCUAUCAAGCUUGUAACACUCGCUCCAGAGCUAUCAGGAGCUCUAUCCUCGAUACAAGCACUCACAGAAAGCGGUAUCAGAGUGUCGAUCGGGCAUUCUGAAGCCACAUAUGAGGAGGCCAAGUCGGGUAUCAAGGCUGGCGCGAGCAUGAUAACGCACUUAUUCAACGCCAUGCGACCUCUGCACCACCGAAACCCAGGCAUCUUCGGCCUGCUCGGCACGCCAUCGUCCUCUAUCCGUAAACCGUACUUCGGCAUCAUCGCCGACGGGAUACACCUUCAUCCUACAUCGGUCAAGAUUGCAUGGAAUUCGCACCCGGACGGCUUGAUACUAGUUACGGAUGCUAUGCGUCUUGCUGGAAUGCCCGAUGGGACUUACGACUGGACCAAUGGAUCACGCAUUAUUAAACAGGGCCCACUGCUUACAUUGGAGGAGAAUGGCAAAAUCGCUGGGAGUAGUAUCCAGCUUGUAGACUGUGUGACCAACUUCUUGAACUGGACAGAUGCAAGCGUACCAGAGGCACUGAAGGCUGUCACGGAGACACCAGCAAAGAUGUUGGGCAUGGAAGAUGUGAAGGGCGCCUUGAAGGAAGGUGCCGAUGCAGACUUGGUCGUCUUAGACCUACAAGACGGCGCGGUAGAGGGUGAGAAGAAGAUCGUGAUCGAUCAAGUCUGGAAAUUUGGUAAAAAGGUUUUCGACAACGCACUCAAGGACUGA